AUGGCACAGGCGCAGCCAUUGUUCGUGCUGCAGGUCCCUAGUCCCGUCGCGGCGAACGCACCUCAGCAGCCUGCUGGCACUUUCACCUGCACCCAGCCCGCACCUCAAGUCUACCUUCUUUCGUUCGCAUCGCCGCCCGACAACCGUCUCACGCCCGCAUUCAAUGCCACAUUCCUGCUUGCCCUCGAUGUCAUUGAGCAUAGACUGCCCAAAGGGGUGCUCAUCACCACCUCGUCCAUCACCAAGUUCUACAGCAAUGGUCUCGACUACGAAAAUGCUGUCAAAGAUCCUACGUUCUUCUCGCAGAGCCUCUUCCCACUGUGGCGGCGGCUCAUCACAUACCCGAUGCCAACGAUGGCUCUCAUCAAUGGGCACGCCUUUGCCGGUGGGUUGAUGACAGCAAUGAUGCACGAUUACAGAAUCAUGAAUCCACACAAGGGCUUCGUGUGUCUCAAUGAACUGGACUUUGGUGCUCACUUGCAGCCCGCUAUGGCGUCGGUCUUCAGAGUCAAGCUUGGUAUGACUGCUCUACGGAACAUGGUGCUCGAAAGCAAGCGCUUUUCCGCACUUGACGCCUUGAAGGAGGGGAUACUGGAUGGCGUUGGCGGACCGGAGGAGACUCUGGCUUUCAUUCACGAGAUGAAGCUUGUGGAAAAGGCUCAAAGCAAGUCAUAUGGCCUCAUCAAGGAGGAGCUGUACCGCGAAAUUGUUCGAGACCUGGAUUCAGCUGGCGAUGAUGCCAAGAAUUUUGCUGCAAGAGAGCUUGAUCGAAGCCGCAGAGACCUCGAGGCAAAACGGCGAAUUGACGACUACCAGAAUGGGCUGGGUGUGCGUUCUAAACUAUAG